UAGUAGGAUACCGCAAAACUCUCGUAAUCGUAACCUUUUGCAGAUUUCAAUACAUAUCCAGACUUUGACACUGCAGCAAUUGAAGAAGAAGAAGGCGAAGAGAACAUAACAAAAGAGUUGCACUACGUAAGAUGAAAGAAAUUAGAGAUGGAGCACAGGCCAACCGUAACGCAUCUUCUGACUCUACUCCACUAGUUCUUGAUGUAGAUGAUUUCAAGGGAGACUUUUCAUUUGAUGAUUUGUUUGGUAACCUGGUCACUGAGCUAUUGCCUUCUUAUCUCGAAAAAGAAGACUCAUCAGAAGGUCAUGGAACCAUUGAUGCAAUAUCAAAUGGGCAUAUGCGGGUACCUUCAAAUGCAGGGAAGUUACUUUCAAGCCCACUAUUCCCUGAAGUUGAUGCCUUAUUAUCUCUCUUUAAGAAUUCUAGCACUCAAUUGGUCGAGCAAAAACGACAGGUUGAUGCCAAACUAAGCAAUCUCACAAAAGAAGUUUCUGUACAAGACUUGAAGCACCGUAAGACACUUGCUGAGCUGGAAAAAGGUGUAGAUGGCUUGUUUGGUAGCUUUGCACGUCUGGAUUCGCGUAUAUCAUGUGUCGGUCAUACUGCAGCCAAAAUAGGAGAUCACCUACAGAGUGCAGAUACCCAAAGAGAAUCUGCUAGUCAGACGAUAGAGCUCAUAAAGUACUUGAUGGAGUUCAAUAGAAGUCCAGGAGACCUGACUGCACUUUCUCCUUUAUUCACUGAUGAUAACCGUGGUGUAGCUGAAGCUGCUUCUAUUGCACAGAAAUUAAGAUCAUUUGCUGAUGAAGAUAUUGGAAGACAAAAGACAACUGUCUCCUCUUCCGUUGGAAAUGCAACUUCAAAUAAAGGAUUGGAAGUUGCUAUUACAAACCUCCAGGAGUAUUGUAAUGAGCUGGAAAACAGAUUAUUAGCUCGAUUUGAUGUGGCGACACAGAAGCGUGAUUUGUCUACAAUGGGUGAAUAUGGUAAAAUUUUGUCACAGUUUAACAGGGGUACCAGUGCCAUGCAACACUACGUGGGAUUACGUCCCAUGUUUGAUGUUGAGGUAAUGAAUGCGGAUGCUAAAUUGGUCCUUGGUGAUGAGGGCGCCCAACCCAGUCCUAGUAAUGUUGCUAAUGGCCUUUCUUCAAUGUUCAAAGAAAUCACAGACACAGUGCGAAAAGAAGCAGCCACAAUAGCAGCAGUUUUCCCUUCCCCUAAAGAUGUAAUGUCAAUACUAGUUCAGCGUGUCUUGGAGGAUCGUGUUCCAAAACUUCUAGAGAAGCUCCUACAGAAGCCAUCUCUUGUUAACCCACCUCCCAUGGAAGAAGGUGGACUUGUAUUAUAUCUCAGAUUACUGGCUGUCGCAUAUGAGAAGACACAAGAGUUCGCUAAGGAGUUGCGCAGUGUCGGAUGUGGUGACUUGGAUGUUGAAGGUUUGACUGAAUCUUUGUUUCUACCACACAAAGAUACAUACAUAGAGUGCGAACAAGCCUCUCUUAAACAACUUUACAAAGCUAAGACCUCUUGCUUUAAUUUGCAGAUGAACGAGCUGCGUACUGAAAGUCAGCUAUCCUCUGAGUCUUCUGGGACAAUUGGACGCUCAAAAGGUGCUUCAAUAGUACUUUCUAACCCGGAAAUUAUUGUCACUGUGGUAACAGAGUUUGUCCGUUGGAACGAAGAAGCAAUAUCCAGAUGUAGUUUAUUUUCUUUACAGGCUGCUACACUUGCUGCUAGUUUUAAACCUGUUUUCACAUGCCUUCUGGACCAAGUAAGUCAAUACAUAACAGGAGGUCUUGAAAGAGCCAGAGACUGCGUUACUGAGGCUGCUGCCUUGAGGGAAAAGCACUUGCUGGGAACUAGUGUUAGCCGAAGAGUUGCUGCAGCAGCUGCUUCUGCCGCAGAAAAUGCAGCUGCUGCUGGCGAAAGCAGUUUCAGAUCUUUCAUGGUAGCUGUGCAAUGUUGUGGAAGCAGUGUGGCUAUUUUGCAGCAAUAUUUUGUGAACUCCAUAUCACGGCUUUUACUUCCUGUGGAUGGUGCUCAUGCUGCUUCCAGUGAAGAAAUGGCAACAGCUAUGUCACGUGCAGAGAGUGUUGCUUGUAAGGGGCUUCAACAAUGCAUUGAAACUGUCAUAGCUGAGGUAGAAAGGCUACUAUCAACUGAACAAAAGGCGACAGAUUAUCGAUCACCUGAUGAUGGCAUUAUCCCCGACCAUCGGCCAACAAGUGCUUGUGCAUGUGCCGUUGCAUACCUUUCCCGUGUGCUUGAGUCGGCAUUCACUGGACUGGAAGGGCUUAACAAACAAGCCUUCCUGACUGAACUGGGGAAUCGCUUGCACAAAGGGUUGCUUAACCAUUGGCAGAAGUUCACUUUUAAUCCAAGGUGAUCAACGGGUGUAUUUAUCUGACAAGGAAUAUAAUGAGUAUCUUCAGCAUCAAGCAAGUAAGCAUAUUUUUCUACCAAUAGCCUCAACUGCACAAUCUCCUACCUUUGGAUCAUGGGUUGUUGACUCAGGCGCUUCUGAUCAUAUUUCUGGUGAUAAAUCACUUUUUUCUGAUGUUUUUUUUUCACAAUCUCUUCCGGCUAUUACUUUCGCUAAUGGAAUUCGACCAGAGCCAAAAGGAGUUGGACAAGCCAAACCCCUCUCUUCUGUCACUCUAGACUCCGUUCUUUAUGUCCCUGGUUGUCCUUUUAAUCUUACAUCUGUUAGUCAUUUGACACGUGCCCUUGAUUGUAGUAUAACUUUUUUUGAUGAUUCUUUUUUAAUGCAGGACCACAAAACGGGACAGACAAUUGGCAUAAGACAUGAAUCACAAGGCCUUUACCAUCUUACCGCUUCAAAUUCCUUCAUAGUAUGCUCCGCUACAGAUCCUCCCAACCUUAUUCACAAACGUUUGGGACAUCCUAGUCUAUCCAAGCUACAAACGAUGGUGCCUAUUUUGUCAAGUCUAUCCACAUUAGAUUGUGAGUCGUGUCAACUUAGGAAAUAUACCCGUGCUACAUUUUCACGUAGUAUUGAGAGUCGCUCAGAGUCUAUUUUCUCAUUAGUUUAUUCCGAUAAUUGGGGUCCUAGUAGAGUCAGUUCACCGUUCGGAUUUCGUUACUUUGUUACUUUCAUCGAUGAUUUUUCAAGCCUUGGAAACAGCCUCUGGCAGAAAUGCAAGGUAAGGCUGUGUACGAUACACCCUUGUGGUGGGGCCUUUCCCCGGACACCGCGCAUAGCGGUAACUUUAGUGUAUCGGGUUGCCCUUUUUUUUACUUGGGUUUACUUAAUGAAAGAUCGUUCCGAGUUAUUCUCUAUAUUCAAAAGUUUUUGUGCUGAAAUACAAAAUCAAUUUGGUGUUUCUAUUCGUGCUUUUCGUAGUGAUAAUGCCUUAGAAUACUUAUCCUCCCAGUUUCAGGAGUUUAUGACUCAUCAAGGAAUCAUUCACCAAACAUCAUGUCCUCAGCAGAACGGUAUAGCAGAAAGAAAAAAUAGGCAUCUCAUCGAGACUGCUCACACUCUUCUCAUUGAAUCCCAUGUUCCACUGCGUUUUUGGGGCGAUGCGGUCCUCACAUCCUGCUAUCUAAUUAAUAGAAUGCCAUCAUCUUCGAUCCAGAAUAAGGUUCCCCAUUCCAUACUAUUUCCUCAGUCACAUCUCUACUCUAUCCCCCUGUGAUAGUCAUUGGGAUGCAGUUAUUCAGAUUUUACGAUAUAUAAAGUCAUCUCCAGGUAAAGGACUACUCUUCGAGGAUCGAGGCCAUGAGCAUAU